AUGGCUCCCCAAACGCGUGGCCAAAACCGCAGCCUACACCAAUCCUUCCACCACUUCGCCCGCCUCCCCAACGAGCUUCAAGCCAUGAUAUGGCAGUAUACACUUCCUGGCCCUCUUAUCUAUUACCCAAAGACAUUACCACGAGUCCCUGGGCGAUCUAAUGUUUUCAAGUACCCUCCUGUCCCAACUGCAUUUCAAGUCUGUCGGCUGUCUCGGUAUGUAACUGGUCGCAACAUGAAGAAAUUCAGACUCGGUUCAUCAAAUGUACCGGUGGACAAUGAUUCGGAGCCCUAUGGAUAUUGCUGCCCCGUCCUCGACAUUCUUGUCGUCGAUGCUCGCCUGUACUAUAGACUUGACAGGAACUUUGGAACUCACCCCUUCUUGGCUGUGGCAUUCAUAAUUAGCCCCAACUGGUAUCCUGGCGACUCCGAGAUCCUCCCAAUGACACACCUCGCCACCAAGAUCAUAUUCGCGACAUAUGAACGUAUCAAAGGCUUUGAAAGUCAUUGCUCCUGUUCCAAAGAUAUACCCGUUGGCCUGCCCAAGUACUUCAAAAUGGGGGACAUAAUCCGAAUGACAGGGUUAGAGGAUAUAUGGAGUAGCAAGAUUCCCCAGCAAGUAGCUGAGCGCAAUCUGUGCGUGCCAACUCUCUAUGGGGCUAUGAUCCCUAUGGCCUGCGAGUGUCCUGGAGUCAGGAAGAGAAUGGGACACAGGGUUCAAAUGAUAAAUGAUGCAAAGUCGAGGAAAGGCAGAUUGAGGAAGAAAACUGCCUAG